AUGGGUGCAUCCAUUCAGAAAGUUGAAAAAAAGUGGGAGCUCUUUCGCGCCAGUAAUUACCUGUCCUUGAUGGGGCCCUGCUUCGAAUUACUGAGGAUUCACGGGUUAUUUCCUUACAAAUACAACAACAAGGGUGUCAUCGUGUCAUCGAAGUACGGAUGGAUAUAUGCAACGCUCAUUUCAGUACUCUGCAUAAUUGUCAACGCUGUCGUCCUUUACAUGAUGGACAUCUCGAAAUCUCUGGCUUUCGACUCGGUUCCGGGAACGCUGCAGGGCAACUGUUACAUGCUGCUGGCUGAGUGGAUAGCCAUAGUGUCCUAUAUCCUGAGCUCCAAGAGGAUGCGACUCCUUCGGGACAUCGCCAGUGUCUCAGCCAGCCUGUCUGCUCUAUCCUUCAGACAAUUAUCGAAGAUUAUUCAUGCCAAAGAUAUUAUGGGAUUUCUCUUCCUCAUGGCGCAGGCUACGAACCUCUACUCGUCGAAGCUCGAUCUCACUCUCAGCAAGGUCAUCAACAUGUACGCAACUCUCGUUGUAUUCUUGAUGGAUAUGCUGUACGCUGAUUGCGUUCUCGUCAUCGGCGAAUGCUUCAAGAACAUCAAUGAGAAGCUGUUGACACUUAAAACGAAUAUGGAGAAGGACGAGCCGCAUCUACUGAGGAGGGUUUAUCAUGAGAAACGUAAUCCCAUGAUUUUGAUGGAGAUUCGGGGCAUCAAGAGCCAGCACAAUGACGUCAGCGAGCUCGUUCACAGUCUCAAUCAGACGUUCAGUCUUCAGCUUGUUGCGACUGUCACUUUGACGUUCGCUGAGGUCACCUUCUCGUUGUACUUUUAUAUUCUGCAGAGACUUGGGAAGAGUGGGAUCAAUCUGGAGAAGCAGAUAUGGUACUCGUACUUCAGCACUUCGGUUACUUAUUAUACUUUGAAAUUGGCGGCUAUUGUGUGGGCCUGCGAGAUUUCGAAGGAUCAGGCUGUCAAGACCGGAAUUAUUGUGCAUGAGGUGCUGAUUGAUACGGUGGACAAGCAAGUGAAGGAGGAGUUAUUCUCCUUACAAGUACUCCACCGCGACAAUACAUUCACGGCCCGAGGACUCUCCCUGGACGCAACACUUCUGACAUCGAUCGUCGGGGGCAUUACCACCUAUCUCCUCAUCCUCAUUCAAUUCAUGGUGUCUUCAAAGUCCUGCGGCUCGGUUAUGGACCCAACAUCGCCGCCGCGCACAUGA